GGUGGGGUCACAAAGAGCCAAGAUGGCGGAUUUUGAAGAACCGCUGUCAGAUGAAGAGAAGGUCCGCAUUGCGGCUAACUUUGUGACCCAUGCCCCUCCAGGAGAGUUCAACGAAGUCUUCAAUGAUGUGCGACAUCUCCUCAAUAAUGACAAGCUGCUUAGGGAGGGAGCUGCCCACUCUUUCGCCCAGUACAACAUGGACCAGUUCACUCCUGCCAAACUAGAUGGCCAAGAUGAACAGGUCCUGAUCACGGAGCACGGCGACCUGGGCCAGGGCCGUUUCCUGGACCCCCGGAACCGCUUGUCCUUCUGCUUCGACCACCUGAGGAAGGAGGCGAGCGACCAGCAGCCUUGUGAGGGAGAGAGCGCCCUGCGCACGUGGAGAGAUGCCUGCGACGCUGUCCUGAGUGCCUACGUGAAGGAGCACUAUCCCAGCGGAGUCUGCACGGUAUAUGGGAAAACAGUUGACGGCCAGCAAACCAUCAUUGCCUGCAUCGAGGGACAUCAGUUUCAACCCAAAAACUUCUGGAACGGACGCUGCAGGUCAGAGUGGAAGUUCACCAUUGGUCAGUCCACUGCCCAGGUGGUGGGGGUAUUGAAGAUCCAGGUUCACUACUAUGAGGAUGGCAAUGUCCAGCUCGUCAGCCAUAAAGAAGUGGAGGAGUCAAUAACUGUGACUAAUGAGAGUCAGACCGCCAAGGAAUUUGUCGAUAUCAUUGAGAAUGCUGAAAACGAUUACCAGACGGCCAUCAGUGAGAACUACCAGACCAUGUCUGACACCACCUUCAAGGCUCUACGCCGCCAGCUGCCAGUCACACGCACCAAGAUCGACUGGAACAAGAUCCUCAGCUACAAGAUCGGCAAGGAGAUGCAGAACGCCUAGCUGUCGCACCUGAGGGCCACACUGCAGCGGAUCACACACACAGAUAAACACACACACACAAAUACACACACACACACACACACACACACACACACAC